CUAACUCACCCAACCCGCCCCAAAAAAUUACGGGUUAUCGGGUUCGGGUCAUUCGAAUUUUGGGUUAUAAAAAUUUCUACUUUUCAGGCGGUUUCGGAUCGGGUCAACGGGUCGGGUUGUAAUUUUCCAGGUCUAUUUGAGUGUGUGCGGGAAGGUGUAUGACCUAGAGAAAUCCGACACCUUUGGUGCCACUAGACGAGAAUCUCAACCGCACUCUCCGAAUCUGGGCUCGUGAGAGGGAGCUAGCGGAAGCAAGACGAAGGAUAGAGGAGAGGGGACAACCACAAGUUGGUGCCAAAGUUGAAGAAUUCGUAGUUGAGGAAGAAGUUGAACCCGAGGAGGAAGGAUGUGAAUACGAGAUGGCGACUAAUCAAGGAGCUCAAGCUGGAGCUGAGGAGCAACCGAGGACCAUGGGCUACUAUAUGGCUCCACGGGUGGCGGAUAUUCAACCUACUUUCCGGCAUCCACCCAUGGUCGCCAACAAUUUCGAGAUCAAGCUCGCACUCAUCACCAUGAUCCAGAACAAUGCAAUGUUUCAUGGGCUUAGCAAUGAGUCUCCAAGGGAACAUGUCAGAGGUUCAUCGAGCUUGCGGGAAGUUUGAAGAUAAAUGGGGUUCCCGAGGAUGCUUUGAAGUUGAGACUAUUCCCCUACUCCCUUGCGAGGAAUGCAUCUCGGGGCUCAACAAUAGACCGACCCUCUCGAUCACCUUGUCAGAUGACAUGCUCAACAAGUUCAUGACUCGAUAUUGUCCUCCUUCCAAGAUGGCAGAGUGGCGCAAGAAGAUCACUCAUUUCGAGCAAGAGGGGGAUGAGUCGUUGAGGGAUGCAUGGGAGAGAUACUCUGAUUACUUCCUCCAAUGCCCACACCAUGGAUUUGAGGAGAAAUUUCGGAUCGAGACCUUCUAUGGCGGCCUCCACCAAGAGGACAAGAUUCUCAUUGACUCUUUAUGUCAAGGGAAGUUGAUGAACAAGACUCCACCCAAGGUGAACGAGUUGCUCGAGGACAUGGCGACAAAAUGAUAUGAUUGGGGUUUAGCGAGGAGUGGUAAUAAGAGUACCAAAAGAGGAGCACAAAGUUUAGGAGUGAGUGCUCCACUUGAAGCCAACCUUGACCGCUUGAUUGAUACUCUCAUGGAAGACAAGAAGCCAGGGAAGAAACCGUUGAUGUCUUG